AUGUCUCCACAACUCGCAGUCCCCUCCAAGCACCGUCGUCUGACAAACCAUGUCGUACGCGUUCGAGGCACCAUCCAGAAUAUUAGCAUUCUUCGAGAGCGCUCAGGUGACCCGGUUUCCUCAAACGAAACCGGCCAGAGGCUCGUAGAGAUCGUCAACAAAUGGUGGAUCCUGUUUGUCAUUGCCAUCGUUGUGCUACUCGUUCUUCUUGUCGCUGUCCUGGUAGGCAUUGUCAAAUGCUGCCUUAAACGCGAUAAAGCUGCGAGGACCAGCAAGGCACUACAUGAAACAGCCAUCUCUGACGAGAAGAAGGCUGCCGCUGCAGUCGAGCCUAUGAUCGCUCAUCUCGGCUCAAGACACAUCGUGGCUCCUGGGUUAUCUCCUAACGUCACUUCUGGAGCCCCAAAUAUCGUGGUCACGCCAGCCACUGCGUCGCCUUCCAGGACACGGUUCUUCCAUCGAGCACGUAUUCCUUUGACGGGGACUCGUGUCCAAACGUCUCGAGGCGAUGAUGAUUACGACGGCGACGAUGAUGAUGAUCAAAUCAAGCUCUACCGUGAGGGUAUCGUUGAUACUACUGGUCUGGCUCCUCGCCUCAGUUCGGAGACCACGCGUAGCGAUUUCAACGGGAGCGAAGCGGAUAUCGCACAUGCUCCGGCGAUAUACCCAGCAGAUCGCCAUCUCCGGCUUUACCACGAUCAAGACCUCAGCCAUAGCUAUGCCUAUCCACACCCAGAUUUUGUUCCCGAGUACGAAAGCCAACAAGCUGUCGGGAAGCUCGACGAAGUUGACCUUCAAAGCCCUUCGUAUCAAUCGCCUAGCAAUCGUUCUUCCGUCUCCUCUGCAAAAACCGUUGAAGUCUCUCGUACUGCUGCUCUUGCCGCUCGUGUCGCGGCCAUCCUUGCGAAGAGUUCCUCCAAGAACGUUUCCAUAGACCACGAAGAGCGUAGUCGAAAUGUUCAUAUCGGAGAUGACAGUGAGGAGCCCAUUUCCCCGACGUCCAGCGAGCAUGACCUUACGGAUGCUGAGUUGGCAGCUCUUGCACUGCAGUUCCCCCCUCCAGCCUAUCCAGUCAAGUCGAGAAGCAAAGCAGGUUCCGACGGUACCACAGAGAAGACCCUGCCGCUUCGUCCUCUGAAGGAUGGUGCCAAUACGAGCGACAAGGGUGACGGUUUCAAGUUUUCCCUACCCCAAUUCACCUUCCAGCGCCCUGGUUCACGUACGGGUGCACCGAUGCCACCCGUCAAGGCUGCCUCUACCCAUACGGCGUCGCCACCUCUCGUUGAGCCUCGACCCCGCUCUUGGACACCACCUACGGCGCCUGUAUUUAUCGAAAGACCAGAGCUGAGCCGCAUGGCAAGCCAUCAAGACUUGCAUCAUGUAAAGGCACCUUCCCAUCAUCCGACAGGUAUGAUCGCUCGUGGGAUCAGCGCCUCUCGACCUUCUACGCCAUUUCAGUUCAGGCACCCUUCUCCACCACGCGCCAGCCCCAAUCGUAGCCGCGGACGAAGCCCUAAUCCAAGCCGACCCCGCGGACGAACCGACCCAGUCUCGGAUCGUUAUGACGCGGUUCAUCUGGCGAGAGACACUGUGGGAAACCUAUCUGAGCAUGGAGACGACGAGGGGUCGGACAACCAAGAAUUGCACCACGUUGCUUGA